UUGUUAGCAGUGGUUCAAUGCUGGCCCCUAGCGACGAGUGGUGGACGUGCAGCAGCCGUGCACCUCUUCUUGUCAGCUACGGGAUCCAUAUGCUUAUCAAAGCCAGGCUUAACAAAGCUAUGGGAACUUCACUAAACGUGCUGCCAGGAGUCUGAACCACACCAGCAACCCAUAGCCUUUGUCACGGAACUUUCAAAAUCCUCCACCUCGGUUGGUGCCGAUAAGCUUGUCAACUCUGGGAGAAGCAGCCAUGGACCCGAGAGACACAGCCCCGGAUUCAUGGGAGCUGGAGGAUGAUGUCGAGGCCCCGGCUCCCGCGGCGGGGCUCCCGACCGCGUUCGCCGCCCUCAACGUGAAUGCCAAGCCGUUUGUCCCCAACGUCAACGCUCCGGUGUUCGUACCGAGUUUCCUUCAGGCCAGCACCGCGGAAAUGCCGGCGUCAGACGGUACCCCUGACCCAGCUGCUAGCAUGGAGGUGGCAGACACAGUCGCUCCGGUGGAGAACGGAAACUCAGAGUCGGACAUGACCACAGAGGAGACGUGGGAGCAGAAGGAAGAGCCCGGGGGAGGCGAAGGAGGCGGAGGACAGGAGGACCAUGGGACAGGAGAAGCAUGCGAGGAGGGGGGUGCAGCUGGACAAGAGGACGAGGAGAUGAUAGAGGAGGAAGAGGAGGAGAUGCCCAUGCCCAAAGUGGCCCCGCCACUGCCUGACGCGCCCAAGAAAGAGCACGUGAACGUGGUCUUCAUUGGUCACGUAGAUGCUGGCAAAUCAACUAUUGGAGGACAGAUCAUGUACCUCACUGGAAUGGUGGAAAAGCGGACCCUGGAAAAAUAUGAGAGGGAAGCAAAGGAAAAGAACAGGGAGACAUGGUACUUGUCAUGGGCUCUGGACACAAACCAGGAGGAAAGGGACAAGGGAAAGACGGUUGAAGUUGGAAGAGCUUACUUUGAGACGGAAAAGAAGCAUUUCACCAUCCUGGACGCCCCCGGACACAAGAGCUUUGUCCCCAACAUGAUUGGCGGGGCGUCGCAAGCUGACCUGGCGGUUCUGGUGAUUUCGGCAAGAAAGGGGGAAUUUGAGACUGGAUUUGAGAAAGGAGGGCAGACGCGGGAGCACGCCAUGCUGGCUAAAACAGCAGGAGUGAAACACCUCAUUGUCCUGGUCAACAAGAUGGAUGACCCCACUGUUAACUGGAGUCUGGACAGGUAUGAGGAGUGUAAAGAGAAACUGGUGCCAUUUCUUAAGAAGGUGGGCUUCAAUCCGAAGAAGGACAUCCACUUUAUGCCUUGCUCCGGUCUCACAGGUGCCAACCUCAAAGACCCUGUGUCUGAAUGCCCCUGGUACACGGGUUUGCCAUUUAUUCCUCACCUGGACAGUUUGCCAAACUACAACAGAUCCACUGACGGACCAGUCAGGCUACCCAUCGUGGACAAGUACAAGGAUAUGGGCACGGUUAUCCUCGGGAAGCUGGAGUCUGGAUGCAUCAGUAAAGCCCAGCAGUUGGUCAUGAUGCCAAACAGACACACAGUGGAGGUCCUGAGCCUGCUGAGUGACGACGUGGAGACGGACGACGCGUCUCCUGGUGAGAACUUAAAGCUGCGGCUGAAGGGAAUCGAGGAAGAAGAGAUCCUCCCUGGUUUUAUCCUCUGUAGCCCCGACAACCUCUGCCACUCUGGUCGCACCUUUGACGCACAGAUUGUCAUCAUUGAGCACAAAUCAAUCAUUUGCCCUGGUUACAACGCAGUCCUUCACAUCCACACCUGCAUCGAAGAAGUGCAGAUCACCGCCUUAAUCUGUCUGGUGGACAAGAAGACGGGAGAGAAAAGCAAAACACGACCUCGCUUCGUCAAGCAGGACCAGGUGUGUAUCGCCAGGCUCCGGGCAGCAGGAGUCAUCUGCUUAGAGACCUUCAAAGACUUCCCCCAGAUGGGACGAUUCACACUGCGGGAUGAAGGCAAAACUAUCGCUAUUGGCAAAGUGCUGAAGCUGGUGCCAGAGAAGGACUAAAGACAUCAGGGGCAGCUUGCAUGGAGUUCUUUACUCGCUAGCAGAGGAGAAACGCUGCCAGAGCCGACCCAAACACCCUCUCUCUCUUUACACACAACUUCGCUGAAGAGAAGAACAACGACGAUAAGGAGGGAGGAAGCCGAUUAAAGUCAUGUCAAAUGAAGAAACCAAGACUGAAUCAGUUUUUAUGAUGAACAAUAUAAAGCGAGAGACCAAGUCCAGUGUGUCAGCUUUCUCAUAUUGAGAGCUCAGCUAUGCCACUAAUGUAGCCACACGUCCCCCUUCUUUACUCCCCAGGGCCAACCGUGCUGUUGGCUGGUCACGCCAUUUGUUUUUAGAAUGGAGCUGGAUGCAGUUUUAAGAGAUUGGAAGGGUAAGAAGAUUAAAAAAACAAAACAGUACGAGUAUAUUACAAAACCAAGAUUUAGCGCGUAGUUAUAUUCAAAUGCUUCUCCCUUUUUAAGAGCGUCGUUAGGAAUCCAGCAGACUUUCGAUUUGGUUAUAAGGAUUGCUGUUCCAAGAUUUUUAAUUUGGUCUCUCUUCACGUGAGCUGAUUUAACUGGACUGAGCUCACACACAGUAAUGCUCUCAUGGUCCAGGCUAAGUGACACAGACACACACCCACUUACAGCUGUUACAUAAUCUCAACAGAAAAUAAAUGAUCAAGCUGACAAAAA